CCGGUGUCUCCCUGGUUGCGCAAGACGCCAUUUUGGAGUGGCAGAGAAAGAUAACGCAAAGAUCGGGUUGCUGUCUCUCUAAAGUGACGCGGCAGUUCGCUAAGGGCAGUUAGCCGCCGCGCGCUACGGCAGUUCCUGUCACGGCCCACCUGAAAACAGCUACAGUGGGAUCCCUUUACCGACCUUGGCUUUGAUUGCAACUCCGAUUUCAGACCAAGUGUUGGAAAUCUCGCUUUGCCACCAUGGGGAAUGUAUUUGCAAGCUUGUUCAAGGGCCUGUUUGGCAAAAAGGAGAUGAGAAUUUUAAUGGUCGGCCUCGAUGCUGCUGGAAAAACAACAAUCCUAUAUAAACUGAAGCUCGGAGAGAUAGUCACCACCAUUCCCACUAUUGGUUUUAAUGUUGAAACAGUAGAAUACAAGAACAUCAGCUUUACGGUGUGGGAUGUUGGCGGUCAGGACAAAAUCAGGCCGCUGUGGCGCCACUACUUCCAGAACACUCAAGGGCUUAUUUUUGUGGUGGACAGCAACGACAGGGAGAGGGUGAACGAGGCAAGGGAGGAGCUGUCCAGAAUGCUCGCCGAGGACGAACUGAGAGACGCUGUGCUGCUGGUUUUUGCAAAUAAACAGGAUCUGCCCAACGCCAUGAACGCUGCAGAGAUCACAGACAAGCUGGGCCUCCAUGCUCUCCGUCAGCGCAGCUGGUACAUCCAGGCCACCUGCGCCACCAGCGGAGACGGCCUCUACGAGGGCCUGGACUGGCUCUCCAACCAGCUGAAAAACCAGAAAUGAUCCAUUCCAACUGUUUUUGUUUUGUUUUUUCUUUGGUUUAUUAUUUUUUUUCCUGUUUGUGGUUUAUUUUAUUUUCUGUUCCGACACCGCUGCAGCACCGGAUCCCGGCCCCUCUGCACCAUCUCUCUCCCCCCAGUUCCCAGACCCAGCUCUUUCUUUCGAGAACUUCCUUCCUGCUUUCUCCUCUUGGUCUGUACUCUUGGGGCUCGAGCCUGUGCUGCUUGUGUCUGUGUGUGGGUUGUGUGCGAGUAUAAGGGUGAAUGCGUGUGUGUUCAGCAAGCGUGAGUGUGCGUGAGGGCGUGAAACUACGUGUGUGUGUGACGGCUGGGAUUGGGAGUAACCCUGGCGUGCCUUUUACACACCUCCUGUGGAAUCAGCAGUCCGGUUUUCAAGACCCUCUCCACCCACCGCCUAAUCCCCCCACUCUGUCUUGCACGGCCCCCUCCCAUCUCCCCACCCCAAGUCUGCAGAGGAAGCAUGGUUUUCAUACGGCUAAGAAAGAGCAAGGGUGUAAGCUCUCCCCCUCCUCCUUUUAGUCUGAUCUGUUAAGUGAAGUGCUCAGCCAGUGUAGAUUAAAUGCUAAAUGUUUCAUUUUAACCUCCUUGAUUUGAAAACCCACCUAUAAGAGAUUCAGUAAAUUGCAUCUUAACCUGUAUCAGGUCGAAGCAAAUCAAAAAAAGUGUUAAAACACAAAAAAAAAGGCAGUUCAUCCUCGGUCAUUCUAGUGUCAUUUGAAAAUCAUGCUGUUUGUUUCAUUAUUAUAUUGGAAAUAAAGCAGAUUAUUCUUAUUAUUGAUGGCUCUCCAUGGACACUAACUCCUCCCCGAAGCACAGGACAGGCCAGCGAUCUUUAAAGUGAAAUAAAAACUUGUUUUCGUGUGCAGCCUUCAUGCUUUUUAGCGUCCUUGCUAGCCCUCCUUUAGUUCUCCUGGUAUAAAUUGGAUUUUUGAGUUUGAAUCAUUCUGACGGUGUUCCCACUCUUGUCAUAUUUUUGCCUGAAAACAAGAGCUUCACAUUAUUCUCCUUUCAAGAGAUGUUACAUGUUUAUUUUCCUGUCAUAGUUUUAGCAUUUCUAUUGUAAAAUGACUGCUGAACCAAAAGCAUUUGAGCAGCAUGACAAAUCCUGAACAUGGGCAUACUGAGAGCAUCUCUGAGGGCCUGAGCUGAUAUUUCUAUUUUCCUUUUUUUCGCCAACGGUUGACAGUUUUACUUUGAAACCUGUAAGCAUCCAGCUGUUUUGAUUUUUUUUCAUUCUCGGGAUGAAGGAUUGGCACCAAAAAAAAAAAAAAAAAAUGAAGGCUCUUUAACUGUGAACGGUCUAGACGAGAAGAAAGGGAAAAAUGGCUGGAAUAUCUGGGUGUCUAAAGGCCGGUACUCCUCAGUUAUAUUGCUGCGUACUUUAAAAUGGAGGAGUACACCAGUCCUCCUCCUCCUGUUGUCAGAGAGAAGUACGGACUUGGUGGUAGACCUGUCGAGGGGAAUCUGUGUGCAGUUACCUGGUGCUGAGACUCAGCAGGCCACCUCAGUGUUGAACCAUGGGGGUAAAAGCUGGCACUUCUGUCAAGGAUGAUUGUAAAUCUGUAAGUUCCCCUGUAAACUGUUUCCGUGGGGAUUUCCUGAACACAUUAAUAAACAUGAUUUGAUCCAAACUCAA